AUGGCGCAAGCAGGCCCUAUCACCGACGUGACCCAGAGGCUAUUUGUGGAAUUGAAGUCGAAGAACGAGGACACCCGACACCGAGCUGCCUAUGAGCUCUAUGACAACGUCUUAUCAGUCUCACGAGACUGGCCUUCCGAGAAAUUUGUGGAGUUUUACAAUGCUGUUAGCCAAAGGAUUGCCCAGCUGGUGGUAACGGGUAGCGAUGCAAAUGAGAGAAUCGGCGGACUCCUUGCCCUUGACCGACUCAUCGAUUUCGACGGUGUAGAUGCUGCUCAAAAGACCACCCGUUUUGCCAGUUACCUCCGGAGUGCCCUUCGAAGCAAUGAUAGUGCGGUGUUGAUUUGCGCUGCCCACUCGCUGGGCCGACUGGCGAAGCCGGGCGGGGCACUGACCGCAGAGCUGGUGGAAAGUGAGAUUCAGUCCGCGCUGGAAUGGCUACAAUCAGAACGUCAAGAAAGUCGACGGUUUGCCGCGGUGCUUGUCAUUGGGGAGCUGGCAAAGGGCUCCCCCACUCUCCUGUACGGCUUCGUGCCCCAGAUCUUCGAACUCAUCUGGGUUGCACUGCGCGACCCGAAAGUCCUUAUCCGAGAGACUGCAGCUGAGGCCGUAGGCGAGUGUUUUGAAAUCAUUGUGGCUCGAGAUGCACAAGUUCGCCAAUCAUGGUUCGCUCGAAUCUACGAAGAAGCCUUGCUAGGCUUGAAAUCUCACAACGUCGACUGGAUCCACGGAUCUCUUUUGGUCAUGAAAGCACUAAUUUUGAAAGGCACCAUGUUCAUGAAUGAGCACUACCGAAAUGCCUGUGAGAUUGUCCUACGCCUCAAAGACCACCGAGACACCAAGAUCCGCACCCAAGUCGUUCUUACCAUCCCCAUCCUCGCAACCUACGCCCCGACCGACUUCAUCGAGAUUUAUUUACACCGCUUCAUGAUCUACCUCCAAGCACAAUUGAAGCGAAAAGAAGAACGUGAUUCCGCUUUUAUCGCUAUCGGAAAGAUUGCCAAUGCGGUAGGACCGGCCAUCGCCCAGUAUCUGGACGGGAUCAUCAUCUAUAUCCGAGAAGGACUCGCAAUGAAAGCCCGGAACCGAUCUGGUACCAAUGAGGCCCCCAUGUUUAAGUGUAUCAGCAUGCUUUCUCUGGCAGUGGGACAGGCCCUCAGCAAGUACAUGGAGGCUUUAUUGGACCCUAUUUUCGCCUGCGGUCUAAGCAAGUCGUUGACCCAAGCUUUGGUUGAUAUGGCUCACUAUAUCCCUCCGAUUAAACCCACCAUCCAAGAGAAAUUGCUAGAUAUGCUUAGCAUCAUUCUUUGUGGAACACCAUUCCGCCCUCUGGGCUGCCCAGAGAACCGCCUUCCCCCCAUGCCAUCAUUUGCAAAGGAUUUUGCACCCCAAGACCUGCAGUCUGAUGCUGAUAUUGCAUUAGCCCUUCACACCCUCGGCAGCUUCGACUUCUCAGGUCACAUCUUGAACGAGUUCGUUCGCGAUGUUGCCAUCAACUAUGUGGAAAAUGACAACGCUGAGAUCCGAAAGGCCUCAGCCCUCACAUGCUGUCAACUGUUUGUUCACGAUCCGAUUAUCAAUCAGACUAGUGGCCAUUCUAUCCAAGUCGUCAGUGAAGUCAUCGAUAAGCUAUUGACUGUUGGUGUUGGUGAUUCGGACCCUGAGAUUCGACGUACAGUCUUAUGGUCACUGGAUGCGAAAUUUGAUCGACAUCUGGCACGACCGGAGAACAUUCGGUGCCUGUUCCUCGCUGUCAACGAUGAAGUAUUUGAAGUCAAAGAAGCUGCGAUCUGUAUUAUUGGGCGUCUUUCUAGUGUGAACCCGGCCUAUGUCUUCCCGCCGUUGCGAAAGUUGCUGGUCAAUCUCCUGACUGGACUGGGUUUUGCAAACACCGCUCGCCAGAAGGAAGAAACCGCCCAACUCAUUAGUUUGUUUGUCUCGAACGCGACUAAACUGAUUCGAUCGUAUGUGGAUCCAAUGGUGACAGCCCUGCUGCCCAAAGCCACAGAUGCCAACCCCGGUGUCGCUGCAGUCACAUUGAAGGCUGUUGGGGAGCUUGCUAAUGUCGGCGGAAGUGAGAUGAGACGUUAUCUACCUCAGAUUAUGCCUAUCAUUCUGGAUUCUCUUCAAGAUCUCUCCUCACAUACCAAGCGUGAAGCUGCGCUGCGGACCCUGGGACAGCUCGCCAGUAACUCCGGUUAUGUGAUUGAGCCAUACAUGGAGUACCCACAUCUUCUCGAUGUGCUGAUUAACAUCACAAAGACCGAGCAGACCGGGACUCUUAGAAAGGAGACUAUCAAGCUCAUCGGUGUUCUCGGCGCACUUGACCCCUACAAAUACCAACAAAUCAGUGAUGUUGAGCCCGAUGUUCACCAUAUCAAUGAAAUCCAGAGUGUCUCGGAUGUCGCGUUGAUCAUGCAGGGCCUCACACCGUCAAAUGAGGAGUAUUACCCAACUGUGGUCAUUCAUACCUUACUACAAAAUAUCCUGCGCGAGAACUCUUUGGUCCAGUAUCACUCGGCCGUGAUCGACGCCCUUGUCACCAUUUUCAAGACACUAGGCUUAAAAUGCGUACCGUUCCUCGGACAAAUCAUCCCCGGCUUCAUUGGCGUCAUUCGCAGCUCUCCUGCGAGCCGCCUCGAGUCUUAUUUCAAUCAAAUGGCCAUUCUGGUCAACAUUGUGCGACAGCAUAUCCGAGCCUUCUUGCCAGAAAUUAUUGAGGUUAUUCGUGAUUUCUGGGACUCAUCAUACCAGGUGCAAGGUACCAUUUUGUCUCUAGUCGAGGCUAUCGCCAGAUCGUUGGAAGGAGAAUUCCGAAAGUACCUGGCUGGUCUGGUUCCACCAAUGCUGGACACCCUUGAGAAGGACACAACAUCCCGUCGUCAGCCAUCAGAGAAGAUUCUCCAUGCUUUCCUGAUCUUUGGAUCUAGUGGUGAGGAGUACAUGCAUCUUAUAAUUCCUGCCAUUGUGCGUCUUUUUGAUGGAGCCCAGAAUCCUCAAAGCAUUCGCAAGUCUGCUAUCGACAGCCUGACUAAACUGUCGCGACAAGUCAACGUGUCAGAUUUUGCAUCCCUCAUGGUGCAUUCUCUGUCCCGUGUUGUGGCUGGCACUGACCGCGUGUUGCGUCAAGCUGCUCUGGAUUGUAUAUGUGCUUUGAUAUUCCAGCUUGGCCAGGAUUUCACACAUUACAUCCAUCUUCUGAACAAGGUCCUCAAGCAGCAUCAGAUCAGCCAUGUCAAUUACCAGAUUUUGGUCUCAAAGCUCCAGAAAGGAGACCCACUUCCGCAAGAUCUCAAUCCCGAGGAGAACUAUGCGUUCCCGGUUGAUGAUACCAACUAUGCAGAAAUCGGGCAAAAGAAGAUGGUUGUGAACCAGCAGCAUUUGAAGAAUGCAUGGGAUGCCUCGCAGAAGUCUACCCGUGAAGAUUGGCAGGAGUGGAUCCGCCGGUUCAGUGUAGAGCUCUUGAAGGAGUCACCGUCUCCUGCACUGCGGGCAUGUGCCAGCUUAGCUGGAAUCUAUCAGCCGCUGGCCCGAGAUCUGUUCAAUGCCGCCUUCGUGUCAUGCUGGACUGAAUUGUAUGACCAAUAUCAAGAGGAGCUUGUUCGAUCGAUUGAAAAGGCCCUCACCUCGCCGAAUAUCUCACCUGAGAUUCUGCAGAUUCUGCUCAAUCUGGCCGAGUUUAUGGAACACGAUGACAAAGCUCUUCCCAUCGACAUCCGCACUCUUGGCAAGUAUGCGGCCAAGUGCCACGCCUUCGCCAAGGCCCUUCACUACAAGGAACUCGAAUUCGAACAGGAUCAAAACUCGGGUGCUGUCGAGGCCUUAAUCACCAUCAACAACCAACUUCAGCAAUCUGAUGCCGCCAUUGGUAUCCUCCGCAAGGCCCAAGCGUAUCGUGAUGUGGAGCUGAAAGAAACAUGGUUUGAAAAGCUUCAGCGAUGGGAUGAGGCGCUCGCGGCCUAUAAGAGGCGUGAAAGAACGGAUCCGGACUCCUUUGGUAUCACCAUGGGUAAGAUGCGCUGUCUUCAUGCUUUGGGCGAGUGGAAAGUUCUCUCGGACCUGGCGCAAGAGAAAUGGAACCAAGCAUCCCUGGAGCAUCGCAGGGCUAUUGCUCCGCUUGCUGCGGCUGCCGCAUGGGGUCGUCGACAGUGGGAACUGAUGGAUUCCUACCUUGGUGUUAUGAAAGAGCAGUCGCCCGAUAGAUCUUUCUUUGGUGCUAUUCUUGCGAUUCAUCGCAAUCAAUUCGAGGAGGCCAACAUGUACAUCGAGAAGGCACGCAACGGCCUGGACACUGAACUUUCUGCCCUUCUUGGAGAGUCAUACAACCGGGCUUACAAUGUUGUCGUUCGCGUCCAAAUGCUUGCCGAGCUUGAGGAGAUAAUCACCUACAAGCAGAACGUGGGUGACCCUGAGAAGCAGGAAGCGAUGCGUCAGACUUGGAACCAGCGACUGCUUGGCUGUCAGCAGAAUGUGGAAGUGUGGCAGCGGAUGCUCAAGGUCCGCGCACUUGUGACUGCGCCUCGCGAGAAUCUUGAAAUGUCCAUCAAAUUUGCCAACCUUUGUCGAAAGUCUAACCGUAUGGGUCUUGCUGAACGGUCGCUCGCUGAUCUAGAGACAGUGGUCACUGAUGCCACUGGAACUCACACUAUUGCUCCUCCCGAGGUCACCUACGCCCGACUGAAGUUUAGCUGGGCAAGCGGCCAGCAACAAGAGUCCCUGGAUAUGCUAAAGGAAUUCACCGCUGGUUUGAGCGAUGAUCUGUCCAAGUUUAACACGCUCAUGGUGUCCCACUCGGAACACCACGCAAUCAAUGGUGUCAAUGGUAUCUCAGAUCCGAGCCACCCUGAUGCCAUCAGCCUGCGUGAACGUAUUGGAGAUGUUGUCAAAUUCCGAAAGCUUCUUUCCAAGAGUUACCUUCGACAGGGUGAAUGGCAGACUGCUCUUCAAAAGGGUGACUGGAGACCAGAAUAUAUUCGUGAAAUCCUCAAUGCCUACUCAGCAGCCACACAGUACAAUCGUGAUUCAUACAAGGCUUGGCAUUCCUGGGCCCUUGCCAACUUUGAAGUGGUCACAGCGAUUGCCAACCAGGCAAGCCGUGAUGGCAAGCCCACGCCGGUUCCAGCUCAUAUUGUCACUGAACAUGUUAUUCCUGCCCUCCGCGGUUUCUUAAGAUCCAUCGCCUUGUCCUCAACUUCAUCGCUGCAAGACACCCUGAGACUACUCACACUGUGGUUCACCCAUGGAGGCGACCAUGAAGUCAACACUGUCGUCACAGAAGGGUUCACCACCGUGAACAUUGAUACCUGGCUCUCUGUGACGCCCCAACUCAUUGCACGGAUUAACCAACCCAACAUUAGAGUUCGCGGCUCCGUUCACCGCUUGCUUGCGGAGGUCGGCAAGACGCACCCACAAGCCCUGGUGUACCCUUUGACGGUGGCCAUGAAGUCAAAUGUGACUCGCCGCUCACAGUCAGCCAGUAGCAUCAUGGAAAGCAUGCGUCAGCACAGUGCCAAGCUAGUUGAACAGGCAGACCUCGUGAGUCAUGAACUGAUCAGAGUUGCUGUCCUGUGGCACGAACUCUGGCACGAAGGUCUGGAGGAGGCGUCGCGUCUCUACUUCGGUGAUCACAACGUGGAGGGCAUGUUCGCAACCCUAGCUCCUCUUCAUGAUAUGCUAGACAAGGGAGCCGAGACACUUCGUGAAGUUUCUUUCGCACAAGCCUUUGGCCGUGAUCUCGCAGAAGCCAAACAUUACUGUGUUCUCUACCGCCAGACUGACGAGAUCGGAGAUCUAAACCAAGCCUGGGACCUCUACUACACUGUGUUCCGCAAGAUCAGCAGGCAACUCCCACAACUAUCUAUUCUUGACCUUAAAUAUGUCUCUCCUCGCCUCAAGGACUGCAAUGGUUUGGACUUGGCUGUGCCGGGAACAUACCAGAGUGGUCGCCCGAUUAUUUGCAUUGUGAGCUUCGAUCCGAUUUUGCAUGUUCUUCAGACCAAGAAGAGGCCACGACGAAUGACACUUAAGGGCAACAACGGCUGCUCUUACAUGUACGCACUCAAGGGUCACGAAGAUAUUCGACAGGAUGAGAGAGUUAUGCAGCUCUUUGGCCUGGUCAAUACUCUUCUUGACAACGAUGGCGAGAGUUUCAAGCGUCACCUCUCCGUCCAGCGAUUCCCAGCUAUUCCCCUAUCUCAGAGCUCUGGUCUGCUGGGUUGGGUGUGCAACAGUGACACAUUGCACGCUCUCAUUAAGGAGUACCGGGAAAGUCGUCGUAUUCUUCUCAACAUUGAGCACCGAAUCAUGCUUCAGAUGGCUCCCGACUACGACAGCCUUACCCUCAUGCAAAAGGUCGAGGUCUUCGGAUAUGCCAUGGACAAUACUACUGGUAAGGAUCUGUACCGGGUCUUGUGGCUCAAGAGUAAGAGCUCCGAAGCCUGGCUCGAGCGUCGCACGAAUUACACCAGAUCUCUUGGUGUCAUGUCGAUGGUUGGUUACAUUCUUGGUCUUGGCGACCGACAUCCGUCAAACUUGUUGCUUGAUCGGGUCACUGGUCGGGUGGUUCACAUCGAUUUCGGUGACUGCUUUGAGGUCGCCAUGCACCGCGAGAAAUACCCCGAGCGAGUUCCGUUCCGACUCACUCGCAUGUUAACCUUCGCGAUGGAGGUCAGCAACAUUGAGGGAAGCUACCGUAUCACUUGCGAGGCUGUCAUGCGUGUUCUCCGUGAGAACAAGGACUCCCUGAUGGCGGUUUUGGAAGCUUUCAUUCACGAUCCCCUGAUCAAUUGGCGUCUCGGGGCUCAAGAAUCCCCCGACCGCACUUCCCUCACUGCCGAACGUCGACAGUCGAUCAUCGAAGGUAUCAACUUCGCAGAUGGUGUGCAGCCAAGCAACUUCUCCCGUCACCGCCGGGCCUCGAUCUUGGACGGUGGCAUCCUCGACAGCCAAGAAAAUGUCCCAGCCGAGGCUCGUGAGGCCCAGAAUGCCCGCGCUGUCCAGGUCCUUGCCCGCGUGAAGGAGAAGCUGACUGGUCGUGAUUUCAAGCACUAUGAGGAGCUCAAUAUCAGCGAUCAAGUCGAUAAGCUUCUUGCGCAGGCCACUAAUGUGGAGAAUAUCUGUCAGCACUGGAUUGGAUGGUGCAGCUUCUGGUGA